AUGACUGAAACAAAUGUUGAGACCCCAUUGGUAGCGCAACCACAACACCAAAUACUCUUGUCGCCGCUGGAUGCAGCGUGGGAUCCUUCAUUGCCCACCGACGACAUUGAUGAAUACUGCUGGACACCCCUGCAACUCGCCGCUAGAAGUGGAGAGCUACAGGUCGUCCAAGAGAUCCUCGCCUCCAACCCCUCAGCUGUGAACGACCCUCCAAGUGGCUACUAUGGCCAGACGGCCUUGCAAGCUGCCUGUAUGCAGGGACAUGAGGAUAUAGUAAGAAGUUUACUUGAUGCUGGAGCAGAUGUCCACUUCUGUGGCGGGAACAACUUCCAGCGCACUGGCCUUCAGAUUGCCUGUGGGCAAGGGAAUGAAAACGUUGUGCGAAUGCUUCUGGCCGCGGGUUCCGAGAUCAACAUGAGUCCGACGACGAACCACGGCAUCCGUGUGCUGACGCAAACCCACCAAACAACUCAAUCAGCACCUAAAACUUUUGCUGUCGCUCGAUACAAUGGAAGAACUGCACUGCAAGCAGCAUCGGAACGCGGUCAUCUUAGCAUCGUGAAGCUGCUGUUAGAACUCGGGGCAGAAGUCAACGCCCCUCCGUCGCCAAUCGCCGGUCGCACGGCGUUACAGGCGGCAUCUAGCGGCGGAUUCGUGGCAGUCGUGCAGCUGCUGCUGGAAAAUGGAGCACAGAUAAAUGCCCCAUCGGCUAGGUACAAAGGGAUCACGGCUCUUCAGGGAGCAUGCUUGCAAGGGAGCUCGGAAAUUGUAGACGUGCUGCUCAAGUCCGGUGCAGAUGUGAAGGCUUCUGGAGGAGGUUACGAUGGCGAUGGAACAGCUUUGCACGCAGCUGCUGAGAAGGGAUACCUUGGGAUUGUGAAAAAGCUUGUUGGCAUUGGGGCGGACGUCAAUUCAAGCUACAAUCGCAGAGGCCAGACGCCGAUCCAGGGGGCUAUGGCAGGCGGACAUGAAGAGGUGGUCGAAUAUCUCCGAGACAUGGGCGCUGUGGGCAGGACCGGGGGAGGCAUCUUCAUUUUCAAUCACUCAGCUGGUCAGUAA